AUGAUUCAAAGACCAAGAGCGCGGAAAACAGAAGUGGCUUCGUUGAUAGCUCCAUCUGAUGGAUACAGAGGCACGCUUGCCAGAAAAGGCAAGAAACCCAUCAACCAUAUCAAACAAAAUUCGAAGAAAUUGGUCGAAACACAAAGGCAAUACAAACUCAAAGAAAAGGCUGGCGCUGAAGCCAAGAAGCAGAAGAAGACUGUCCUCAAACAGUUCAGAGGGGUAUCGUCCAGAGUCUACAGCUAUCAGCACCGGCCUCAGACUUGUCAUGCAGACAGGUUUGCUGAGCCAGUAGAUCACUCUCUCGAUGAUGAGAACUUCAACACAGACAAUAUUGGCUUUCCAGAGGCUCCAUCAAAGCAUAUGACGAUUAUUCAGAAGAAUAUUUUGAAGGCUUGUGAGAAAAAGCCAGCUGAAGAACACAGGCCUCAGUCAGCCAUUCCUGAGUACAAAUCUCAAGGGAAAGUACCAUCUUACUUGGUCAAGCGCAAGCAAGAGUGGAAGGAUGAAGAAGAACACAAACAGAAAGUGGCCGAGCUGAAGAAGGCACCACCAGGCACAAAGCUAUUACCAGAGGCUGAAAGAUUGGAGACUUUAAGCCAGCUAGAAAACUCCAAAUUAGAAAUGAUCAACACCCUAGAAACCCUUCCAAUCUCUCUUAGAACAAUGGCUCUCAGGAACAAAAAAAUCGAACUCGAGAACAAACUCAAAGAAACCGACGCCGCCAUUAAACUAUUCUCCAGAAAAAAUGUCUAUGUCGCUGCAUAA